AUGCAUAUCACGCAAAUUUUGGUGCAGCUUAUAAGGUGAGUUUCGCACUUUUUGCAACAGAAAGCAGAAAGCAAGUAACGCAAGACUUGUCGUUCUUCAGUAUGGCGAUAAUGAACGAAAGUUCCAUAAAUUCCACGGCACAAACAUCAAACCCCUUCGAGAUACAUAUUUCAGAUCAUUGUGGUGGUCUCUUGUUAGGACUUUUAUCAUUCAUGAAAACUAUUAAUAUAUGGCAUUGCAUAACAUCUUUACUUGUUAUCUUUGUAGCGUACGAUCAAUGUAUGUAUGUCUUGGUAAAUACUAGUACAAAUGAAGACUAAUAAUAGUUUAGUCAUUUAUCUUAGAAAAAAGGGACCACUGGCCGGACCAAAAGGCAAAAUACCACUGGUAGGACCAUUCCUUCAAGCUCUCUAUCCAGACUUCGAAGCCUAUUUGGUACAGUGGGCUAGUGGUCCCCUCAGUUGCGUCGGAAUAUUCCAUAAGUAAUUCAAUAUCACUCCUCGCUUUCUCUGAUAGUGUUAUUGACCCGAUAUAGAUUUGUUGUCUUGGCCUCUGACCGGGAUCUGGCGCGGACGGUUUUCAAUUCUUCGGCGUAUGUAGAACCCUGUGUAGUUCCGGUAGCUAAAGAUUUAAGUAAGUACUAAGCUUUUGAUGCCUUGAAAACUUUAUUUCCUCGUAUAACUCUAACGAUCCCAAGUGCAACCUUCUGCCUGGGUGUUUCUGAAUGGAAAAGCACACGUCGAGUUUCGGAAAGGUUUGAACGGCUUGUUCACUCGCAAAUCUCUUGAUUCAUACCUUCCCACCCAGGAGAAGGUUCUCUGCGAUUAUUUCAACCAAUUCGUCACUGCUUCCCUUUCGAAUAACGGGAAAGCACUCCCUUUCAUGAGUCAUUUUCGAGAAAUCAACUGCGCACUGUCAUGUCGGACCUUUGUUGGAGAUUACAUUUCAGACAAGGCAGUGAAAAAGAUCGCAAAUGACUAUUACUGCAUUACCGCAGCACUCGAGCUCGUCAACGUUCCAUUGUCCUUAUAUGUACCGUAUAGCAAAGUCUGGCUUGGGAAGCGGGCUGCGGAAGUUGUUUUGAAUGAAUUCACGAAAUGCGCUGCUGCUAGCAAAGUAAACAUGGCUUCUGGAGGGAAGCCAGCUUGUAUCAUCGACAGAUGGGUUUUGAAUAUGAUAGAGUCGCAAGUAUAUCGCGACAAGAUCGCAGCUGGGAUUGAGGACCCGGAAAAGCCCACUGUGCUGUUGAGGCAAUUUUCGGAUUUCGAAAUAGCUCAGACGAUGUUUACCUUUCUCUUCGCAUCUCAAGACGCAUCUAGCAGUGCCACUACCUGGAUGUUCCAAAUCAUGGCUCAAAGACCAGAUGUCCUCGAUAGAGUGCGAGAAGAGAAUCUGGAAGCACGAGGAGGUGAUCGAAAUGGAGCGAUUGAGAUUAAAAUGUUGGAGUCAAUGACAUACACUAAUGCUGUGGUGAGAGAAAUCUUGCGAUACAGACCCCCAGUUAUCUUUGUACCAUACCUCGCCACCAGGGAUUUCCCAGUAACACCAAAAUACACUGUUGCAAAGGGAGAUAUGAUUAUUCCCUCCUGUUACCCUUCUCUUCACGACCCAGAAGUUUACCCACAACCGGAUACUUUCGACCCUGACAGAUGGAUAUCGGGAAGUGCAACUGUCAAGAGCAAGAACUGGCUGGUCUUCGGAACGGGUCCUCACAACUGCAUUGCCCAGCAAUACGUACAGAUGACUAUGACAGGCAUGCUCGGGAAGGCGUCUUUGGAACUUGAUUGGAAGCAUCAUGCAACCAGCAAAUCUGAGGAGAUCAAGGUCUUUGCAACACUUUUCCCUAUGGUAAGCCUCCUUUCCCAUCCUAACAUUUUUGUGUACUGACGUUGUAGGAUGAUUGUCAACUUUCGUUUAAGAAAAGAGAGUGAGUGGGACGCUGAAUUUCAGUUCCUGGAGCAAUUCAGCCAGUAAAACCAAUUAGAUCUGUGAAGUGUUGCGGACAUAUAACGUCGUCGUCUGUUCUUGUUUCGGAUUUUCUGAUGACGGAAAUCUCGAAGUUUAGCCGAAGCUUCCAAUUAAAAGACUGUAUUAUAAGUGAAUUAAGCUUUUAUAUAUCCAAGCUGGGUUUCUAAAGAUUGGUC